CAUUCCUGUUCCCGCAGUUGCUGUUUUUUCUCCUCUAGUCGUGAGUCUGAGUCAGGAAAGGACUAGCAUUCUUCCUUUGCCGCUAGAGCUCCAGUGAACUGCUGCCCAGAACCUAGGCACCUCAGACAUCUCAUUUCAUCCGUUAUUCCGCGGUCCCUGUAUAAAUAAAUCACCUGCACAUUUGUAAUCCCGUGAGUCUCCCCGCAGCUCAAUGCUCAGAGAAGGUGUCGAAAGGGAAUUUCAAGAGUUUGAAAGAGAGGGUCUCCUUGGACCGCGGGGAGCUGUCUCAGGUGCUGAAGCUUUCCAGUCGUUGGUCCCUGCCAACACGACACGGAGUCAGGCAGCACACUCUCAUUCCCGGCUCAUUCACGGCUUCCCCAUGCCUUGGAUAAGACUCGUUUCAGAGCCGUGAAUAUAUCCCUCCGUAUCAUGGCCUACUUGAGACAUUUUCGGACUUUAGUUUCGGGAUUUUACUUCUGGGAAGCAGCACUGCUACUCAGUUUGGUUGCAACAAAGGAAACAGACAGCGCAAGGUCUCGAAGUGCCCCGAUGUCGCCUUCUGACUUUCUAGAUAAAUUAAUGGGGAGGACGUCGGGGUACGAUGCGAGAAUCAGACCCAAUUUUAAAGGCCCUGCAGUUAACGUCACAUGCAACAUAUUCAUAAACAGCUUUGGUUCUAUUGCUGAGACAACCAUGGAUUACAGAGUGAAUAUUUUUCUUCGUCAGAAAUGGAAUGACCCGCGUCUUGCAUACAGUGAAUACCCUGAUGACUCCUUAGACCUAGACCCUUCCAUGUUGGAUUCCAUUUGGAAACCUGAUUUGUUCUUUGCCAAUGAAAAGGGAGCCAACUUUCAUGAAGUGACUACAGACAACAAAUUGUUACGAAUUUUCAAGAAUGGGAAUGUUCUUUAUUCAAUAAGGUUGACAUUAACACUCUCCUGUCCAAUGGAUCUCAAGAAUUUUCCGAUGGAUGUACAAACAUGUAUAAUGCAACUGGAAAGCUUUGGGUACACAAUGAAUGAUCUCAUAUUUGAAUGGCAAGAUGAGGCACCUGUACAAGUGGCAGAAGGACUCACUUUACCCCAGUUUCUGUUGAAAGAAGAGAAAGAUUUACGAUACUGCACUAAACAUUACAACACAGGAAAGUUUACAUGUAUAGAAGUGCGAUUCCAUCUUGAACGACAAAUGGGCUACUAUCUGAUCCAGAUGUACAUUCCAAGCCUCCUGAUUGUCAUUCUCUCCUGGGUUUCCUUCUGGAUCAACAUGGAUGCUGCCCCGGCCCGGGUAGCCUUGGGAAUAACCACUGUGUUGACCAUGACCACACAGAGUUCAGGAUCACGGGCUUCCUUACCAAAGGUCUCAUAUGUCAAAGCUAUUGAUAUUUGGAUGGCAGUGUGCCUCCUUUUUGUGUUUUCAGCACUUCUGGAAUAUGCAGCUGUAAAUUUUGUAUCAAGACAACACAAAGAACUUCUGAGAUUUCGACGAAAGAGAAGGAGUAAGACAGAAGCUUUUGCACUGGAGAAGUUUUACCGUUUCUCAGACACGGAUGAUGAGAUAAGGGAAAGCCAGUUCAGCUUCACAGCUUAUGGAAUGGGGCCAUGUCUGCAAACCAAAGAAGGUGUGACCCCAAAGGGCCCCAACCAUCCUGUCCAAGUAAUGCCGAAGAGCCCAGAUGAGAUGAGGAAGGUCUUUAUCGACCGGGCCAAGAAGAUUGACACCAUCUCCCGAGCCUGCUUCCCAUUAGCCUUUUUGAUUUUUAAUAUUUUCUACUGGGUUAUCUAUAAAAUUCUUAGGCAUGAGGAUAUUCAUCAGCAGCAAGAUUAAGUCUCGGGGAGUGUGCAAGUGUACAAACUCAGUGUGUCAACUCAGAAGGAAGGCUUUUUGCCAUAAGGGUGUUUGUGUGUGUGUGUGUGUGUGGUAUACAAAUGAUGACCAUUGUGCUCAAGUGACAUAUGGAAAGGUGUUAUUAUGACUUGCUAUGCAAAGUCAUGAGGCAGUUAUGAUUCCUUUAAUGAAUACAAAAUAUAUGUAUUAUUGGGAUUCUAUUUCAUUAAGAUUAUCUGUUCUUUCACAGUAAAUUUUACAAGUGGACAUAUUAUUGUCAAUGUGUUUGUAUGUAAUAUGAUGUCACAUAACAGUACAUGUGAAAAUUGCUUUGAAAUUCUUUGAUUUUUCAAUUCAGUAUUAAAUAACACAAAAGUAAAAUUUGCACAGAAAACUUUUAAAAAGGAAAAACAGGAAAUGUUGAAGAUUUUAAAAAUAGCUUGAGGCUUUAAAGUAUUUUCUUAUACUUGUAGUUACAAAAUAGAAAAAUAUGAUAGUUAAGUGACAAAUUCACUCAAUAAUAUAGAAAAUUGUACAUACAAAUGCUAUAGAACCAACUUAAGUAAUAGAAAAUUAAAAUCAGGAGAUUAAAGUAAAAAACUUUUAUUGUUUAUGUACUAAAUUUAAUUGUUUGAAAUAUCAAAUUUUCCUCUUUGGAAAUGUUUUUAAUGGCCUAAGCAAUCAUAUUAUACAUAAAAUCUACUUUUCUUAACUUUAUAUAUCUGUGAAUGAAUGUAGAUAUACUAAAAACACAAUUGUUUUUAAAAAGUGUUAUAGCUAUGUAUUUUUCUUUGUUGCCAAACACUGAAAAAAUUCAAGCCAGCAUCUUUGUUUUGUUAGAUUUUUAAUAGUUGCUUAAUCAUCUGUAAGUAAUUAUGUUUAUUGUUUUGAUAUAGUUGAACAAAGUUCAGUAAGACUUUUAUAUUUUAGUUUAGAAUGAGACUUUAAAAUUCAAUGAGAUUAUAGUAUUUACAUUUUUUUAAAAAUGAAUUUAAUAAAAACCAAAAUAAAUUUAGGGAGAUUUUUUAAAAUAAGAACAGACUUCCCAUCAAAGUUAUAUGGGUUCCAAAUCGUAGCCCUAAAUAUAAGGAAGGAAGAUUUUAAUUCUAAAUUAUAUAAAUGUCACUUCUAUAAAUGAGAAUUGAUUGCUUUGUAUUUCUGAAUUAAU